AUGGUGGCUGUCAUGUGUGAGUUAAGAGCUGAACACAACAAAGAAGAACAGGAGAGAGAACAGAAGAAACUUCCGAGAAUCAAGGCUCAGGAGAGUGAAGAAUGUAGAGAGGAUGAAAGGAGCAUUGAAGCUCAUAUCAAUGAAAUGUCUACAGAGAUGCUUAAGGUACACCCAGAUCUGAACUCUUUAAAGGAGAGAAUGAGACGAACCUAUGCAUACCGAAAGACCUUCAUGGCAACUGCCAAGGCAGAGGAAAUCAUCGAAAAGUUUCCCGCACUGAAGCUUCCUAAAAUACUUCUGUGGGAGAUGAAGGAGCAAUUCCUUGUAGAAGCUGAUCGCAGAAUGGUCACAGAGCUGGAUCGAAUGGCAACGAAGAUGGUUCAAAGAGCAUCUAUGUGUGACCUAAAGGACUGCUGCCAGAGGGCAAUCAAUGCCUGCCUGGAUGAUUCAGUAAGACGAGGACUCAUUAGGGAUGCAGCAAUUCUACUGCUGCCUUCCAUUUUCAGAGAGGACUCAUCCUUUCUAUACACUCUACUGGAGGAGCCAAGCGUGCCUACUCCAGCAAUCAUGCUCCAUAACACACACGAGGGGAACCCUUUGCAGGCACAAAGGAUAACCCUAUACCUGGAUGGUAUACAGGUUUUGACUGAGGACAGCAGCAUGGACAAAUCAUAUGCUAUGAGUGCAUUAAUGUCACUCUAUUUUGUUUUUGCUGUCCAGUACCCAAAGGAACUGAGAAAAACUCUUAUUUUCAUUGAAAGAUUUGUGUUGGGGAUCAAGGACCACAGUGUUGUACCCAUUUCAGUGAAGAGACUAUACAACUGUGUCGGAAGUGGGGAGUAGUGAGUAGAUGUGUUGCAGCAUGGGAUUUCAUGCUUUAUGUUCUUGUUAAUGGUCAAAUUCCUGCUGCUGCCCUUUGUUUGUACAUACUGAUAAAAAAAAAAAGUCCCUUAUUUAAUACA